UCAAAGACAACAAUUGAUGGCCGAUCAACGGAACCCGCAAGACAGAGACCUUGAUCCGUGACAACAAGUCCCAGCCCUAGGCGUGCAUUGACAGCCCUUACACGAUGAAGAUGGUAACCCCAUAUACGAACAGUCCGAAGAAAGACUCGACCGGCAAGAUGGCCGAGAUCGUGAUCAACAAGCUCCUCCGGAAGCUAAUCCUCAAGGCAUGGGAGACAACCUCAACGUUAAUCUUCCGCAGCCCGCUAAUGUCAUCAAUGCCCAACAUCCUCUUAAUGUUGCCGCAAGACAUGCCACUUAUCUUCCUCCUUUUAGACGAGCCGCUCCACACCGUACGAUAGCCGAUUAUGAUGCACCAAAUCAAUACCCGCAAGAUCGAGCUGCCAUACGAGAUCAAAGCUAUCCGCAAUGGAAGCUGUUUCAAAAUGGCUUUCAAAACGCCAACUAUGGUGCUAACAACUUCCAGCCGAGAGCUCCUUUCAACAACAACAACAAGGUGCCCUUUCAAGCCAGACCAAUCCAAGCCGCGCCUUCUCAAGGAAGUAAACUCGAGAUGAUGAUGCAAGAACUUCAAGCUUCUCAUCAUAAGACUUCCCGAGAUAUCAACGUGAAGAUUGAGAACGUAUAUGGUGAAUUGAAUGGAAAAGCCAAAGAAAAUCUUAAGGGAUAUUGCAAUGCUAUCUCAGCCGUACCAGCUCUCCACACCCAUGAAGCCGAGCCCCUGGUGCCGCUUUUUGACUCUCAUGAAGACAUGAUUCGUAUGACGCGAGUCAUUGUUGAAGACAAGCCCGAACGCUACCCAUUACGGAGACUUAUCAAAGUCGAAGAUCCAGGAUGUUUUGUCUGCUCUUGCUCCAUUACAGGCAUCAAAUUCCCUAACUCUCUUUGUGAUUCUGGUGCUAAUGUUAAUGUGAUGUCAAGAUGUGUUGCUUUGAAGCUUGGAUUGCGAGACUUGUUUCCAUCCAACCUUAGCCUAGUCUUUGGAGACUCAUCCCAAAAAACUCCCGAUGGAUUAGUUCGCGACUUGCAACUAGUCGUAGGAGAUUGCAUAAUCCCUACCGAUUUCUACAUCUUGGAGAUGGAUAAGAAGACCGAGAGACCUCUUAUUUUGGGAAGACUCUUUCUUGCUACCAUUGGUGCCGUGAUUGACCAUAACCGCAAGAAGACGAUCUUUGCAAACGUCAACAAGAAGAUCUCUUAUCCGAUGAUCUCUAAGACAAGCCCUACUCAAGUAAGUCCUCUACUUGAUGAUCAUGCUGGUCCCGAUAUCAAUAAAGAAGAGAUAAGCAACCGCGGAGUUCGUAAUAGAACCCUAAAGAUGCAAUCCAAACCGCCCGAGCCGCCUCAAAUUUCAAAGAUAAAUAUAAUUAUUCUUCUGGAGCUUAGCAAUGAGAGCAAGGAUCAAAUCCAAGAGAUGAUACGGCACACUAAAGAAGUUCUCCUCCAAGCUAAAGUUUUUAAAACUUCCGCUAAAGGACAACAUGUUAUAGAAGCCGAAGCUGACUACCAAGACAUCGACGAUGCUAAAGGAAAGGCGAUUCCCGAAGCUACUUUCCACCAAGCCUAGCCGGCUUCCCAAACGAAGCGUAAAGUUAGGGAGAUUGAGGCGAAAAAUAGAGCUGUUACGAAUAAGAAAUGCAAGAAAAUGGGAAACUAAUCCAAGAACAUGAAGCAAAGAAGGAACUGAAUUACAUGUUACAAUAUAUGAUCAUAGUUUUG